AUGCAAACAAAAUAUAUGUAUAAUACUGAUUUGAUGAACAAAAGGUGUAAAAGCCAUGAUCAAAUUUUAAAUUCUAACAAUGAAAGCAAAAUUUCCAAAUCUAAGUUUUGUUACGGAGAUUUAUACACUAUCGGAAAAAUAUGGCUGUUUGCAUUAAAAUCUGCUUUACUUGGAUUUAAGGUAUGUUUGAUUCCAGUAGUAAAAGCAGAUUCUUCUUCAAAACCGCCAAAGAAACCACCUCCAAUGAAAUAUAAAGAUUUGCCACUUUAUCAAAGUCCGCAUUAUGAAUACAAGGAAUUUAUAGCUAGUAAAUCUAAAUGUCCUGAAGCUGAUGUCAAGUUAAUGCACCGGUUUCUUCUACCUUAUGUUACAAUGUGUAGAAAAGAAGUGCAAAAUAAAACGUGUCAGAUGACUCGAACUGUAAAAGAAAUUUAUAACAAUGCUCGAACAUCUUUAAGUGAAACGAAAAAGGACUUUAAAGCAUCCAUGAGAGAUAGUGAGAACUUAUCAGUUCGAAAGGCCGUAGUUCUAACAGGAGCUGGGACUGGAUACUUGCUAGCAGUUGGAAAAGGUAUACCAAGACGCAUAUUUAUGACAGCAGCUGGAGCUGCUAUGGGUGGUGCGUUAUGUUUUCCGAAAGAAACCGACGAAGCUUUUAGAACUUUUGCUUACUAUAGCGGUAAAACGGCGGUUAGAUUAUAUAAUUGGUCCUGUGGAAAGGAAUUGACUUUAAGAGAAAGAUUACCCUGCCAGGAGGAUGUACCUGCUUCAACAAAUCAAAUUAUAAGUCAAUGUCCUCAAAAAAGGUAA